UGGCUCUCCUCAAUCCAUUCUGUAUAAUGCCCCCAGAGCUCCCCGGGUUUGUGUUUGACCCCGUGAAGAAACGCUACUUCCGGAUCAUCGCGGGUGCGAGUUCUGCCGCCAGCUCCACAACGCAAAAGUACACCAACAACGCGGUCCAGGCGCAGAAACGCGACAUAUCACAUCAAAAGAAGCUACGCAAGAAGCAAAAGGUGGAAACGAAACCUAACGUGGUCCAACCCCUCCACCAGCCUCUCCGCUAUUUGAUCAGUCCUUCAUUCCGACUCUGCGGCACAAAGCCAAGCCAUUUGUGCAAGGUCUUGGAUGCGUACAACACCUCGCAGUGGGAACUACGCUGCAGUUUCGACCCAACGACGCACUUAUUUCCGCGGGUUGCACGUGGAACUCCCCAAAGUAUAAUCCUCGCGGAGAACCAUAUCUAUUACAACGAGGCUGAAGGCCGGGUCUUCCGAUUUCCGAUGGACAGCUUGCGAAACCUAUUUGAAGGGUCCUUGAGCUCGUUCAAGAUAAGAGAAGUAGCAAACAUGCGCGGAACCAGCUUGACAGGGGUGGUUGUGGACGGAAGCUCGCUUGUGUGCUGCUACCUGCGCGCAAGCCUGGAGCGUGUGCAAGUCCUGCUUGAAGUCCAGCCGGUCGAACCCCAGCCCCCCACGCAGAUCCAGCCCACGCAGAUUGUUCCGCUCUCGCGCUUCAUUUUCUGUACAUCCUUUCGCUACGCAACCCUCGUUGUUGGUCAGGAGGGCCGCCUCACGGUGUUUCCGCUGCUAGAAAACGGUCUCUUCCAGGAAAUAUACCAUCUAAAAGAAGACGUUAUGGCGCUAGACCAAAACUCUGAGCUCUUGGUCGCUGGUUGCCGCCUGGGAAUGUGUUGGAUCAUCGCUAUGGACGAGUCGCCAAAUCGAUACGACUUCAGAGACCCCAACAAACGCAAAUCCGCGCGGAGAAUCGUCCAUAAAGGCGGCGUUUCUCAUGUAAAAAUCGUAGAGCAGACGCUUUUGGUAGUGGGAUUGAAGGGGGUUACGCUGUAUGACUUGGGAACCGGAGAUAUUUUGGUGGCAUAUGAGUAUCUGGCGAAUCCCGGCUUGGUCAAACAAGUGUUUGAUGUUUCAAUGGAGACGCGGCAGUUUGUGGUGAACGAUGCGAAGGGGGUGUUGAGGGUUUACGGGUUGGGUGAAUGGAAGCCGAUUGGCAUGGUGGAUGGGUUGGAAGGUGUUCAGUGUGUGAAGUUGGUGGAUGGGGGGUUGGUUGUGUUUGAUAGGGGAGAGUUGAAACUAUUUGCGAAUGCCUAGCAUGGGCCGAGCGAAUUAAAUGGUUUAAUCAAUAGCAGUUGUAACUAGUUUGAUUUCAAUCUAAGCUUGGGUUUAAUAAAGAUCUAGUGAG